AUGCCCUUCGUGGUGCGAGAUGCAAUUGCGGCUCCCUGGCCACUGAAGGUAAAAUACCGCUUGGUAGCUGCACUCAUACACGACAUCGAGCAGGCCCUCGACCAAGGCCUCGUUGCAACGGUAGUCACAUCAGAUGUGAAAGGUGCCUUCGACGCUGCCCUAAUGGGACGACUGGUGGUCCGUAUGAGAGAACAGGGCUGGCCGGACUUUCUCAUAAGAUGGGUCCAGUCGUUCAUGUCCGAGCGGUCCGCAAGGGUCCGGUUUGAAGGUAUCGAAAAGGAAGUUCUCGCCGCACAGAAUGGCCGCGAGCUUGGCGCAAUCUGUUCAUCUGUACCCAUUAUGAUGAACCUGUGCGGCCUAAACGAGGAUGGGACAAUGCUCGUCAUGUGGCAAAUGAUUCGGGCAUGGGAAUUCCGAUAUGCCGAACUCGUUCAAGAGAUUCUUGGUAAAUCUCCGAGCCAGGCCCUCGAGACUCACCUGAAGGGUUUGGAGUCCCAGAUGGCAGGCAAUGAGUAUUGGAGUCUAUCCACCCCACGGUAUAAUGUAAUCAGCUAG